UCACUUACUUAUCCCUAUUUUUCUAGUCCCUCCACCCGUUUCCCUCCAAACUCACAAACAAGCCUAAAAUUCUAAAAUUCCCCAAUUCAACUCCAGCACUCCAACAAUGGCUACAACAUUGGAAACGAUUUCAUCAGCAUUAAACCUAAUCGAUUCCAAGAAACAAAAUCUCAAAAUCGCAUUCGAAAAUCUUCAAUCCAAAUCUUCUUCACUCCCUCUCUCAUGGCUUCAACUCGAUUCCCACUUCACCUCUCUCCAACAAUCUCUCACUCACCGCUUCCAAUUCCUCCAAUCACUCGAACAACAAUCCCAAUCCAGAACCCUAAUUUCAAACUCUAAUGCCGAAACCUCGAAAAAAACAAACUUUUCGACAAACCCUAAGGACCCGAUAUCGCACCGGAAGGAAUUGAGGGUUUUAUGUGAGAAAAUUGAUGGUAUUGGGUUGAGGAAUUACAUUGAUAAAAAUUACAAGGAUAAAAUUAGGGUUGAGGCGGAACUUCUUGAGGAGUUCCGGUCUGCACCGGACGCGGGGGAGAUGGUUUUGCAAUCAUUGGAAGGGUUUUAUAGGGUUAGUGGUAAUUUCAAUGAUAGGGUGCUGAGGAAAAUGGGGAGGAUUUGUGUUAUGUUGUUGAAGGUUUUGAGUGUUGCUGGUGUGAAUGUGAGUGGUAAGGCGAGGGAGAAAGCGUUGAAGUUGGCGAUUGAUUGGAAAGUGAGGUUGUUGGGUGAUCAUGGUAAUAUUUUGGGGGCGUUGGGGUUUUUGUAUUUGGUUUAUGGGUUUGGUAUUGUUUCAGAAUUUCGCGGGUAUGUGCUUGUUGAAUUUGCUGCCAGGGCUGCGAUUAAUGGCGAGUUUAUGCAGCUUUGUCGGGACAUUGGUUUCACGGAUAAGGUCCCUGAGAUUGUUCAGAAACUUGUUGAAAAGGGCAAACAUGUUCUGGCUGUCAAGUUUGUUUUUGAAUUCAGUCUUGCUGAUAAGAUUCCACCUGUUCCUAUUUUGAAAGCUGCCGUGGAUGAAUCUAGGAAACUUGCUAGAAGACGUUCUGAGGAAGGAAAGCGAAGGAUGGAAAUUACUGAUAGAGAAUUGCGUGUACUGAAAAGGGUAAUUGAGAUUAUUGAGAUUCAUAAGCUUGAAUCCGAAUAUCCUCGAGAUAGCCUUGAGCAGCGUAUAGAGCAAUUGAAGGGGCAGGAUCCAAAUAUGAAAGACAGGACACCAGCUUCUAUUCUAAAUCAGCAUACACUGCAACGACGGCAACAAAAGAGAAGAAUGAAGAAGCAGCAGCAGCAAAAUGGGAACAAGGUUCCUCGAACAUCCACUUCAGUUGGUCCAGCAGCUGUCCUCAAGAAUGACACUAAUAAUGACAAUUCAACAAUGCGGCAGUACCAACAACCUCUUGUCAACCCCUCAGGUUUGUUUCCAGAGCAUCCAAAUCCAUACAAGAUCCCGCAAGCCACUUCGUCUGGCAUGGUGGCCUCUAUCCCAACCAUUCCUUCUUACACAGGUCCUUCAACUGGGCCUUAUGGUUUUGCUGGUAUACCCAUGGGUCCCGGUGGAAACCUUAUCCUAGGUGGUUCUCAUCUAAACUCAUCAGAGCCACGCGUGCCAUCUGCUUUUUAUGGUAGUAAUAACUUUACUUAUGGGGGUAUUAAUCGGCAACAUCAUUACCAAGCACCUUAUUAUCCUCAGUAGAUCAAUUAAUUCCUUCUCUUGUCAGUAAUAAACUCGUGUGCUGAUAUUCUAGUUUCUCCUGUGUUUGGUUUUUAUAAGUAAAGUUUGCUACUUUGCUCAUUGGCCCUGAUUAUAGGAUAAAAAUUAGAUUCAGUUAAUUGUGAAGAAAUGCUUAGUUUCACUAUUUAAUUACUCCAAUUACUUUGUAUAUAUAUAAAACUACUUUUAGAGGUUGAUUAUGGUCUUUUCUCUCCCUUCCUCUGCUUCA